GGAAGGGGAAGAAAGGAGUUAGACUCAUACUAACAAUAUUAAGUUAUAUGAGGUUAAGGAGAAACAGACUCAAUAUGUUACAAUUAAUAAAAAAAUUGAUCACACAAAAUAUACUCAAAAACAGUACAUGAAAUAAUGUAUGGAUAAGUAAAUUUGUGAAAAAGGAAGCCACUAAACUACACCUAUAUAAAGAUAUAAUUAAGUCUAAAAGAGGACAUGCUGUUUGUGAUAUGAUAUAAAACAAUGAAGCGAAUAAUAAACGAGUUCACAAGCAACACCUCGGGGCAUGGAUGGGGAAUGAUUAAUCAGACCAGUAGCAAAUUUGGAAAAGCAUUAUGGGUAGCGAUUACACUUCUAUCAACCAUAGCUGCUAUCAUUUGGGUAUCGACUAUCAUAGUUCGCUACGUCAAAUAUGAAACAAUAGACAGAGUAGAGGCAAAGGUGGAUGAAGAUAUCAUAUUCCCAUCCGUAACUGUAUGUCCACUGUAUGGUAUCUCUUCAAUGAAAAUAGCUGAAGUCUAUUCUGAUCCUAAUAGCGAUUAUAUAUCUCUGAACAACUUUCUAAGUUCAUCGUAUGCUCUUGUAGAUGAAUUGGCACAGAUUACCAACGAAACAUAUUUGUCGAUUAUGACAAAUACAAUUCUUGUGGCAAGAUCUAACAGGGGAUAUUAUGCGAAUUUGGGCGUGAGUGGAGUUUCCACUAUUGGUCAUGAGUUUGGUGAUUUCAUUCCUUACUGUUUAUAUCAAGAAAAGGAAUGCUCAGCAGCCGACUUUCAGAAGUUAGUCCAUCAUGAAUACAAAAAUUGCUACACAUUCAAUGGCGGGGAUAUCAAUAUAUCAAAACCGAUAAUUUCAAGUACAGGAGCUCAAAAAGGUCUUUCGCUCACACUUUACUUGGAAAAUUCAGAAAACGCUUAUGUGGCUUAUAAUGUAAAUCGAGUAAUGACAGCUGCAUCAGGAGCAAGGGUGAUCAUACACGAAAAGGGAACUUUACCUGAUCCUGACAAUGAGGGAUUUGAUGUAGAGCCUGGGCAUUUAAUAAGUGUGGCUCUUUCUGCGAAUAAACGGCAGCUUUUAAAACAGCCAUGGGGUGAAUGCGCUGAGCAUAAUACGCUACACUCAACUGACUACAAAUACACCCGAAACACAUGUAGAAUAAAAUGUAUAGAGAAAGUGAUCCAGCGUCAAUGUGGAUGUAGAUAUGAUUUGCUCCCAGUUGAUAUAAAUGCAACAACAGAAUUGGACAUACAACCCUGUGGAAAAUUCAAUAUAAAAGAGUGGCUGAAGGCAACUGAAGCAAACACCACUGUUCUAAAAGAGGACCUUGCAAAGGUUAUAUGUUCAAAGGAGGAACACCAAUGGACAGCACUAGCUAAGGAUAUCCCAAGCUGUGAAUGCGAAUACAACUGUACAUAUGUUGAUUACGAAAUCGAGACUUCUCAGUCUGUGUGGCCAAUGAGAGGCUCUGAAUUAGAUUUCUUUUGUCAACUAAGUUAUUUGAAUAUAUCAGGGUCUUUCUUCGAAAGGUUUCAAAAUAGCAUUGGUAUUCACUGCAAUAGUUUUAUGGAGUAUAUAAAUGUUGCACAAAACCAUGGCGAUGAAUUGAGAGCCAAUGUUCUCCGUGUAAAUGUAUAUUUCAAAACACUUGAGGUAAAGUACACAAUCCAAGAUGAAGGUUUCUCAUUGGUUUCAAUGAUAUCAGAAAUCGGGGGAGUUCUUGGUAUAUUCGUUGGUGUUUCCAUCAUCACAAUACUCGAGAUUUUUGUCCUAUGCAGUGGCAUUGUUCAUGUAAUAAUUAAUAGCAAAAAGGUCUCAAGUGAGAUAAAUGUGAAAGAAAUUAAGUCAACAUCAAAAAGCAAACUUGAGGAAUCAUCAAACCACAAACCAGAUGACUCAUAUUAUGAUCAGUUUAAAAAAUAUUAGUCCCUCCCAUAUGCAAGGCAAGUAUAAUUUUUGUUGUUUUUAAAGGGUAAACUAUUUAUUUCAUGAAUCAUGUAUUAACAACAAAUUGCUUGCAAAUCACCUUAUGGUCAUUACAGGCAACACAUAGUAAAACCAGUGUACAUAUGUAUAUAGUUAACACCAAUGGAGAAACAAAAUUCCCCAAUGUAGGAAGGUGUUUACAGGGGAUUUUAUACAGGAGUCUAUGUGAAAUGUGUCUUGAAGUGGUUUUCACUAAGAAAAGUUAGGCAUUAAACCUAUUAGGGUAUCCUAGGCAAAAUAGUAAAGUCAGUAUUACAUUGUAAUUUAUGACAUUAUGUGAAUGCAAAAGACAUGUCAGUGCAUUUUGUGAGACAUAACUAAGACAUUAUCUUAUUUUUAAAUGUCAUCUUAUUUGCUGAGACGUCCUCCAUUGAUUCAUAACAAAUUCCUCUUAUGGAUUUGGUUUGAUUACACAGAAUAUUGAAAAUGUUAUGAAUGAACAAGGAGCAUGCACAUUUUUAUUUACAGAGGGUAUACAUUUAUGUUUCUGUGUUACUAAGGAAGGUGUUAAAAAAUUAGGUGUACUGUAAAUAUAAGUCUUGGGUGAUGUGAAAUAUGUUAUCCAUAUAUUCUAUGUAUUCAGAUAUUUACAUAAAACAUACACUUGAAAAACGGUAAAAAAAUUAAUAACUGAAAAAUGAAAAUCUCUGGAAAACUAAGGCAUAUUAACAAAUGGAAAUUUCUGCAAAAACUGGGAAAAAUCUAAAAGCAACAUUUGACUAGAAAUGUAAAAAAUAUUUUUUUUGUUAGAACUCAUAUGUAUAUGAUAGAAAAAAUGUUAUUAGGUACUGUAAAACACAUUAAAUUUGCGAACAUCUUGUAUUUGCUAGUAUUCAUGUGUGUGAAAAUUUUGAAAUCAGGAUCCUG